UGAAGCUUUAAGAUGUCGAACUCUGGGUUACAACGGAAGACUGUGCUGAUCAAUCAGAGGAUCGAAGCCAUGUUGGAAGAACAGAAACAUCUAAAAGCAAAGGUUACUGAUCACGUGAUGCAGGUUGAGGGCAGAUCUAGAGAGUGGAUAAGUAAAGGAGAUAACUCAGUGGAAGGGUUUCUAGAUAUCUGCACUUCUUUAGACACAUCAACAGCUUUGCUCAUCCAGAAAUCAGAAGGUUUUUCUGAAACAGAAACUGCAUCUUUAGAAAAUGACCAGCUGCAAUUUGCUACAAGAACAUCCGGGUUAAUGACAGGUUCACACGUUAAAGCACAUCAACAAAAGGACCCCAAUUUAUCAAGUGUAGAUUCCAUAAGGUUGAGUGAUGUUGAGACGGUGGUUCAGAGUGUUCAAUCAGAUUUGAACAAACUUCAGAAAAUUUUCUACAAGCAAAUAGCUGACAUAAAAGCCGAAACAGAAAAAGUUACGAAGAAACAAGAUAGAAAACUGAAAGACAUUAACAAAAAAUUGGAAAUUUUAUUUGAAAAUGGGGAGAAAUCAGAUGAAAAUGUAUCCAAAUUAUCCAAAAGCAUAAAAGAAUAUGAAGAAAAUAAAGAAGAAAUCAGAAAAAUAAUACAAAGUGAACAAGACAAAUUAGACAAAUUAUCGCAAGAUGUCAAAAUGCAGACUGAUGAGAUUUUCAAUAUCGAUGCGAAAACAAAAAUUAAUACUAAUCUGAUGUGCACACUAAUACAGCAAAGGCUGGCACCAGUAGAAAAAGUUAUGCAAGUGUUUAAUCAAUCUUCACAAAAUAGGGAGCUAAAUAGAGCAAAGCUGGAUGUGAUCGAAAAAGAUCUAAUGAAAAUUACAACUGAUUUGCUAACUCUCAAACAAAAACCACUCCGGCAAAGUACUCUAGGAUUCAUCGCUUUACGUGGCCGUGAUGGAAGAAAUGAUAAGCUAAAAUUUAAAUACGUUUCGCUUAACACGGAAGGAGUGUUUAAUCCUGCAAGGGGAGAAUUCACUGCACCGAUUAAUGGACUGUACGUAGCAAGUAUCACACUGAAACAACAAAAUAAUGGAAUAGCAUGGCUGGGUGUUGUUCACAAGUCCAACAACAAGGCCAAGUGUCUUGGGGUUGUUGGGACAGAGCGCCCUGGCGAAUCCUCUUCAAAGACAUUUGUCGUCUGGAUGGCCAAAGGGGAUGUGCUGUAUUCUUUUAAGCGCAAAUUUUGUGACGACGAGUGGCAAUAUGUGUUUGGGAUUAUUACUUCCCAAAAUAUUGAUGUAAAUGUAAAAAAUAAAAUUGGCCAGACACCUUUGACGAAAGCGUGUUUGCGGUUUAACGUUGAGGCGGUUGAGUUCCUACUCAAAAAUGGGGCAAAUGUUUUCUUGUCUGAUGAGUCAGGGAAUACAACCUUGCAUCGCACAGUUAAACACGAACAAGAUAUUAUAGAAUUAGUAGUCAUGUUGGUAUCUAACGGAGAUUAUAUGUGUGUGCAAAAAGACGACGUGUUCGUUGGAGAAACACAAUGGGCGAAUACCAACUUUUUUAGCAGUGAUGUAGAAAAGCAAAAUGUCACUGAAUUACUGUCAAAGGCAACUGAGACGCCUAGAAAAUGUCUGGUUAACAUGAAAAAUAAAGAUGAAAUUAAUGCACUUCAUAUAGCUUGCAGUUUAGGGCACAUAAAUAUUGUCAAAUUUCUACUGAAAGAAAACUGCGACUGUAACGUAGUCUCUAACAAAAGUGGGACAGCUUUAAUGAUAGCCUUACAGCACAACAAGCUUACAGUCGCCGACAUUUUAUUGGAAAAUAAAGCCGAUAUAAAUAUCCACAAUAGAAACGGCGACACGGCACUACACGUAGCUGUGCGAUACAGUCUUACAGAGGCCGUUCGCCAGCUUGUGUUGAGUGGAGCAAAGGUCAACGCACAGAACAGAACAGGAAACACGCCCCUUUUCGCUGCGACAAAUUAUCAGGUUUCCAAAUUUCUGAUCGACAAAAAUUCGAAUGUCAAUCUGAGAAACAAUAACGGCGAGACAACCCUGCAUCAUUGUGCUGGGGAUUCCUUGACAUGUCUAUUUAUAGAAUCUGAUGCCGAGUUAGAUGUCGCUUCCAGCAAGGGCCACACGCCUCUCAUGUACGCGGUCGAUGUUGGCGACGUGCCGAAAAUAAAAUGGUUGGUUGAGCACGGGGCUAAUGUAAAUGUUCAGGAUUGUGAUGGAAGAAAUGCUUUCAUGCAUGCGGUGGUCAGAGAAAGGAAUACAGUUUAUACAUAUAUUCGACUAGAAAUGUGUCAGUAUCUAGCCGAGAAUGGAUCUGACGUUAACGUUAAAGAUGUAGACGGCCAGACUGCGUGUAAACUCAGCAUACGUGGUGAAUUAGCUGCGGCUGUUCAAGAACCCUGGCCACUGGUCAAACUAGCUUUUAUUGAAGUCUCCACCUUACUUGGGACUGGACCUAUGAGAGAAGAAAAACUAAAACAGACCAAACUCCCACCAAGAUUGCAGCGAACGUUGAUGUUUCAAGAACCCAUAUCAAGAUUACCCGUAGAAGACUGGUCUAAAAUACCUCUUUGUUUUGACCCAGUACAGUACGAGACUUUACCCUGUCCUAGACCUUUACUCUACUACUGGCCUGUUGGUCAUAGGCUGGUUAACUGA